AUGCACAAACCUCAACUUGAACAUGAUAUCGAGCACAUCGCUGUCAGCGAUGUGCAAGCCCAAGAGACUGGAGCCGGAGCCGGACUGAGACUCGGCAAUGUUGUCACUUCGGAUGCAGUUUCCAAUGCCGGCAAUGUAACCGAUGGGGCGCCACCACCGCUCUCACCAGGAGACUAUACAGUGUACCACCGACUGGCCGAGCAGAUGGACUACUUUGUCUGUGCUCAUCCUGUCCUGCACCCUAUUCCUCAAUAUCAAAUGAAAGCACAAUCACUUUCGCUCGAUGUGCAAUACGCUCGACACAGCCUGUACCUGGGACAACGAAUGCGGGCUCCGUUUCACUCGCUACCUAGAAGCUCACCAAUCCAUCAAAGACUUCAGUUGCAUGAUCUCCUUAUAGCAAAGCAAAUGCCUCAAUUCCGAGCUGCCAUCAAGGCCCAUGAUCGUCAACGUCGUCGUCAUCAUCAUCAUCAUCAUCAACAGCAGCAGCAGCAGCAUCAGCAUCGUAAGCGAAACGGAAGAAGAGUAUCAGGGGGGCCAAAGGAGGACAUGGAAGAAGCAGCGAACCGUGAAUUAAUCCAACAACACCGUACCAUCCACUUGGACAUAAUUAGGAGGUGGAGGAGUUGGGGCGGAGAGGAGAAGAUGACAUCGAUCAUGACAUAUUCUCUCUUCCGUUCCCUGACAGGUGAACGACGACGGAUGAUUGCCCAACAACCGCGACGCGCAGCAAAGACUGCCAAGCACAAUCCACCAGUGAAGCAAGAACCCUUCUGGCAAAGCGGAGUCGGUGAACCAGGUGACGCCAGUUCAAAGUGGACUUCUGCCUGA